AUGAGACCAUAAACAUCUGAGACAUUUGUACGUGAAUUUCUCGACGUUUAAAUGAGACCAAAAACUGCAAAAUUAAUGACAUCAACAUAAUUAAGGAAUUUGAGUGCAAAAACAUCUAAACCUAAUUUUGAAUUUACUACUAAGCCAUAGGUGGAAGUUCACUAUUAAAAGUUUAUACCUAGGAAUUUUGGAGUACUCUGUGAUCAGUAUUUAUUGCAUAUUGAUAUUAGAGGUUAUUAUGAAAGCAAUAAAUAAAUAUAACUGUAGAAGUUUGGAAGAUCAUAAAAUAGUGGUACAACUUAAAAAACCAAGAUUAAUCAAAGCAAUUAAUAAUAAUAACAACAAGUAAAGAAACCUCAAGUAUACAAAUUAAUUGAAAUUGACUCAAGAUAAAGAUAAGAUCCAGAAAGUAUAACUGAGAGGGAAAAAGAAUUGAAAUAUAAGAGAUAACUAUUAUAAAUCAUAAAUGAUGAUGUGUAACCACUUGGAGAAAUAUAUAAAACAUUUAAUAAAGGCAAUCAUGUUAUAAUAGCUAAAUUAACGUAAGUUAUUUAUAAAUCUAUAGACCAAUGAUAUUGAGAAAAAGAAAAGUUAAAAAAGAACACAAUCCUUUAACCUUAAAUUGGAAUCAAACUAAGAAGCUAUUACUUGUAAAAGAUUUGACAAAUUAUAUUAUUGAAAGUACUUAUCUUAAUCUAAAUAGAUAUGACAUAUUAAAAUAAAAAGAUUUAAUUAAAUGUUUAUGCUAUAAGUGGAUCUGAAUUUAUUGAUGAAAUCUAAAAACCAAAAGAUAUUGAAUUUGUAUUGGAAUAAAGAAGAUUUACUUGUAUAAUGCCUAAAUUGAUCAUAUAUUGUGAUGACAUUAAUAAACAUGCAACUAUUCCAUUAACAAAUUUAAAAAUGUCAUAACUACUUCAAUCUAAUUUUCAAGAAAUUGAUAAUUAUGUAUUUAAUAUUAUUAAUAUUUAGAUGUCUGAAAUUGAUGAAUUAUCUAAUUUUGUUAUCCCAUAAAAAAAGUUUCCAGUAUCAAUUCUACCAGGUAAAUUGACUAAAAAAGAAAAAAUAAUAAAGAAAAUUGUAUAUCAUGAAGAAUCCUAUUAUCAAAUUGCAUUCAUACCACCAUCAAUAGUAGUUUCUAAUAAUAUUAAAUAAAUUGGUUAAUAUCAUUUCUCAAUAGCUGAUUUGGAGUGUUUAGCUAGUUUUUGUUUUAAGAAUCCUAUUCAAAGCUUUAUUAAAAAUUAUAUUGAAAUCAUCACUCUUACUCCAACUAGAGCAUCAGUCAAAGUAAACAUACCAGAAUAGUAUGAUGUUGUAGCAGGACAAUAAGGAUUAGCAUGUUCAGAAAAUGGCUUUUUAUUGAAUUAAACUAUUGAGUCUGAAUUUAAGAUUGUCUAUACUCCUGCAUCACUAGAGUUUUACAAUCCAACAACCCUAGACAAAUAAGUUAGAAUCAUUGAAGAAAAGGAACUGCAAUAAAUCAUUGAUUUAGACUUUAAUUUUACAUUAUGA